UUUCUUUUAUCAUCUCCGUAAUUGCUUUGAUUUCUCUGCCAACUUAUAUUGAAAUACUCACAAAAGAUUUUUUUUUUUUUUUUUGUUUCUCUUUCUUUUAUCAGAAGAGAUAUUUUUCUGAAGCUUCAACUUUUAUAGUCUCUUCUCUUUUGUGGUUAAAACUGAUUACUAACUGAGACCGAGACGGUUCGUAUUCUGUUUUUUUGAAGAAGAAAGUUUUUUUUUAAUAAUUGGAGCUGGAGAGAAGAUGUCAAGUCUGUGAGUGAGCCUAGCCUAGGGGGUUUAAGUGUUUUUUCUGAUUUCUUGAGCUUUUGGGUAUUCUUAAAUUGGAGAUUUUUUGAUGGGGAUGGAGUCUCAAUGUUGCGACCCAGACUUCUUUAUGCGUGUAGCUGUGAUUGCGUUUCUUGUCUUGUUCGCUGGACUCAUGUCUGGUUUAACACUGGGUCUUAUGUCUAUGAGUCUCGUUGAUCUUGAAGUUCUUGCUAAAUCCGGUACACCCCAAUAUCGCAAAUAUGCUGCAAAGAUAUUGCCAGUGGUAAAGAAUCAGCAUCUAUUGCUUGUCACUUUACUCAUAUGCAACGCAGCUGCUAUGGAGACGCUUCCCAUUUUUCUUGAUGCUCUUGUGCCGGCAUGGGGUGCCAUUUUGAUUUCAGUUACAUUGAUUCUUCUCUUUGGUGAGAUUAUACCACAGUCAAUCUGUUCACGUUAUGGUUUAGCGAUUGGUGCUACAGUGGCUCCGUUUGUCCGUGUCCUAGUCUUUGUUUGCUUACCAGUUGCAUGGCCAAUUAGCAAGCUGCUGGACUUUCUAUUGGGUCAUCGUCGUGCAGCACUCUUUCGAAGAGCUGAGCUGAAAACACUUGUGGAUUUUCAUGGAAAUGAGGCUGGAAAGGGUGGAGAGCUGACUCAUGAUGAAACGACAAUCAUUGCAGGAGCUCUUGAACUGUCUGAGAAAAUGGUCAAAGAUGCAAUGACACCAAUAUCUGAUAUCUUUGUGAUUGAUAUCAAUGCCAAACUAGACAGAGAUUUGAUGAACUUGAUUCUUGAGAAAGGGCAUAGCAGAGUUCCAGUAUACUAUGAGCAACCAACUAACAUCAUCGGUCUUGUUCUGGUAAAGAACUUAUUGACUAUCAACCCAGAUGAAGAAAUACCUGUCAAGAAUGUCACAAUAAGACGGAUUCCAAGAGUUCCAGAAAUCUUGCCUUUAUAUGAUAUAUUGAACGAAUUCCAGAAAGGACUCAGCCACAUGGCUGUUGUUGUGAGACAGUGCGACAAGAUUCACCCAUUACCUUCUAAAAAUGGGAGUGUUAAGGAAGUCCGAGUGGAUUUGGAUAGUGAGGGAACUCCUACACCUCAGGAGAGAAUGUUAAGGACAAAAAGAUCGCUUCAAAAGUGGAAGAGCUUUCCUAAUCGAGCAAGUUCGUUUAAAGGAGGGUCAAAGACCAAGAAAUGGUCAAAAGACAAUGAUGCCGACAUCCUGCAGUUGAAUGGAAAUCCGCUGCCUAAACUUGCUGAGGAAGAAGAAGCUGUCGGAAUCAUUACAAUGGAGGAUGUCAUUGAAGAACUUCUGCAGGAAGAGAUCUUUGACGAAACUGAUCACCAUUUUGAAGACUCCUGACACAGACACAUUUGAUGACCACUGAACUGGUUAUGAAUGUCGAAAACUUUAGUCUUUGUUUUCAACUUUCAUACUUCCACUUGUCCGGCCAAUGUGUAUCAUCAAUAUAGGCAUGAACAUCAUCUUUGUCUAUGGUUUCAAGAUGAUUUUUUCUUGCUAUAUAUCAUUAGUCUGUAAGAGAUUUUAAUUUUACUCUCCUUGCUUCAGUGGACCUUUACCAAAUCCAAACCCCCUGGCUGCACCGAGAGUUGUCUCUGCUUACGACUUCGUACAAAUUCUGACCUACUACGUUGGUUCAUUCUCUGCCAGAGACCAACGUUGAACUGGUUGAUCUCUUUUCUAUGUUAUUAAAGAACACAUCUGUCUUCAACUUUUAUCUUUAUUUCCAACUUUCAAACU